UGCUUAUCACUGAUUCACUCCUUUUAAUGAUCUGCUGUGUUGUUGUGAUGAUGACAUGUUGCCAAGAACCCCCCAACGACGACGCCGGAGGAGGAGGAGGAGAACCGGUGACCACUGGCGGUCAAAACUCCGUUCAUCAUGAUCAUAAUAGGGUGUCCGCGCCACGGCCAGAGCAACCAGCUGCGGCAGCGACAAUUCAACAACAACCAACUAGCACCGCGGGUGGGCCGUCGCCGGUGACAGCGAAGGUGGUGGUGUACGAUGUCUUUGACAAUUAUGAAUGUUCGAUAUGUCUUUCGACAGGUGGAAGUUCGAGGGGGAGGACACUGCCAAUCAAGUGGAUGGUACUUCAAGGAUGUGGGCAUAGGUUUCAUGUUGAUUGUCUUUCUGUUUGGAUGUCGGUUCAUAAAACUUGCCCUUUGUGUCGGGCUGAGCAACGUUCCGAUCCGGCCAAUUUUCAGGAUCUUCACAGUCAACUUGUGUCUUACAAGCUGCACCUCAAGGCACAGCAACCGGUCAAUCCAGCCACUGCUGACGUUGCUCAAUCAAGUUCCUCUCAUUCUACUCGCGGUGGUCGUGGUUUUCAGCAUGGUAAUGGCCGCGGGAAUAGAGGAGGUCGUGGCGGUCGGCGUGGUUCCUUCAUUGCUCCUUCCACUCCUGGGAUGUCUUGUCAACUUUGUGGUUACCAAAAUCAUACAGUAGCCACAUGCUGACGUCAGUUUGAUCCAACUCUUAUGCCUCGUCAAUCUCAGUCCUCCGCUUCACCUGAUGGGCUUCUGGCUACACCACCUAUCCAGGCUAACCUUGCUGCACAUUCCCCGUCCACUCCAUGGUACCCUGAUUCUGGAGCAACUCAUCAUUCCCAUCCCUGAUCUCUCAUCCCUAGGCAUCACCAAUGACUACCAUGGUACGGAUCAUCUCACUGUUGGCAAUGGUCAGUCUCUUUCUAUUCAACACAUUGGUCGUUCAAUUCUUCCUUCUUUCUCUAAACCUUAAUAUUUGCAAAAUGUCCUUCAUGUUCUAUCCCUUACUAAACCUUUAUUAUCU